AUGAGGAAUGAUGACCGGAAAAUUAGUGGCGGUGAAGGAUGGCUAGCGGUGCCAAGGCCAGGCCGAGGCAAUAGUGGGAUCCUCCCCACAUCAUUCAAGGCUCUUUCAGGCUACCUGAGGAUUGUUUCUUCUGGUGCCUCCACAGUAAGGUCUGCGGCUUCGGGUAUUUCCGAUAGAGACUCGGAAUCCGUAGAUUUUCAGUUUUCCAGUUUUCCAGUUUUCCAGUUUGGGAGAGUGAUUGUCAUUGGUUGCCAUGCUUCAAUAUUUGGACAAAGUUUUGCAGUAUUGUUGGAACUUAAAUCUCAGGUUAACUGGGCUGGGUUUGACAAAUUAGAAGAUGCAGGAGGCAUCACCCAACAAGUUCUUUUGCUGGGCUACAGUGACGGCUUUCAGGUUUGGGAUGUUGAAGAAACAGCCAAUAAGCUCAACUUAGUUUCCAGGCAUGAUGGUCCCGUUUCAUUUAUGCAAAUGUUACCAAAGCCAAUGGCAUCAAAGCAGUCUGGGGAUAAGUUUGCAGACAGUUGCCCAUUGCUGAUCAUCUGUGCUGAUGGAUCCUUCUCUGGAGGUAAUAACAACCAGGAGAGGUUGGGUUCUCCUUGUAAUGGGUCCAUCCGACACUGCCAUGGUUCACUAAAUGGUAGUUGCGUUCCUAUUGUGGUUUGGUUUUAUUCCUUGAGAUCUCAGUCAUAUAUACAUCUUUUAAGGUUUAGAUCAGUUGUUCAUUCAGUGAGAUGUAGCUCUCGAUUUAUUGCCAUUUUGCAGUCAAAUCAUAUACACUGUUUCAAUGCUGUGACAUUAGAGAGAGAAUAUACGAUUCUUACAAAUCCAUUUUUUAUGGGGAGUUCUGGGUCAGGAAAUAUAGGCUUUGGACCGCUUGCACUGGGUCCCAGAUGGAUGGCUUACAGUGGGAGUCAAGUUGCAAUUUCAGAUUCCAGGCGUGUGAGUCCACAACACCUUACCUACUCGGCCAUUUUUCUUAAUCCCGCUUCAAAUGAAAGCCUCGUUGCACAUUUUUCAAAAGAGUCAGGCAAGAAACUUGCUGCUGGUAUUGUGACUAGGAGACAUGGAUUAUAA